AUGGACGCCCAGACCUGUCCCAUCCCUUCCGCCGCUCCGGCUGCUUCAACCUCCAGCGACAGCGCCUCGCGCCCCAAGCCCUGCUGCGUGUGCAAGGACGAAAAGGCCAAGCGCGACGAGUGCAUGCUCUUCUCCACGGCCAAGGACCCCCAGGCCGACUGCCAGUCGCUCGUGCAGCAGUACAAGACGUGCAUGCUCGGCUUCGGAUACAAGGUAUAA